AUGGCACCCAAUCCUGACCAGGCCGUUGGAGGGUCUACCAUACCGUAUAAAAGAACCGCUGUCGAGGCAAUGCUCGAUAAGGAGGCCAUGGCAAAUACUGAAUACACCGUUGGAUGGAUUGCUGCCUUGCCCCAUGAAAGGGCCGCGGCUGAGGCCAUGCUUGACAAAGAACAUGAGCCACCACAGCACAAACACAAAAAUGAUGACAAUAUCUACAACCUGGGAUCUAUUAACGGCCCAAACGGCCACCAACACAAUGUGGUUAUCACUAGUCUUCCAUCCGGUCGAUACGGGACAACUCCGGCCGCGACAGCUGCUACGCAUUUGCUCUCUAGUUUUCCGUCAAUUAAAUUCGGACUAAUCGUUGGUAUCGGCGGUGGGAUCCCAAACGAUGACAACGACAUCCGGCUAGGCGAUGUUGUGGUAAGCAGGCCGGAAGGAACCUUUGGAGGUGUUAGACAAUAUGAUUGUGGUAAAACAACCUCUCGUGGCUUCGAAGAGCGUGGCUCGCUAAACUCUCCACCUCGGGUUCUGCUCAACGCCGUGAGCGCUGUUGAGAGCAAGUAUGAAAAAAGAGGGAGUGCAAUACCCAGCAUACUGCAGAUUAUGUACGAGAAUUAUCCGUUGAUGUUCACACCUCGAACAGGGCCUGGUUAUGUCUACCAAGGUGUAAAAAAUGAUCAUCUAUUCCACCCAGAUUAUGGACAUUUAAGCACCAAGAAAGACUGCAGUGUGUGUGACAAGGCGAAGGAGGUGUUACGCCCAGAACGAUCCGAUUUUGACCCUUAUAUCCAUUACGGUACCAUCGCUUCUGGCAACAAAGUCAUCAAGGAUGCAAGAAAACGGGAUUUGAUGUCAAAAGAAUGUCUCUGCUUCGAAACGGAAGCUGCUGGGUUGAUGAAUGAUUUCCCGUGUCUUGUCAUACGCGGAAUCUGCGACUACUGCGAUACCCAUAAGAACGAUCAGUGGCAAAGGUAUGCUGCUGCUACAGCAGCCGCAUAUGCAAAGGAACUUCUCCAGGUCACAGACGUGGUAGAUAUCAGAAGCACACCAGAUGCGCGAAGGGUUAUGCAUGAGUACCACGAAGAAUGGAAACGCCAUGAGAUUCUCAACUGGAUCAGUCCAAUUGACUACGGUCCUCAAUAUAGCGAUAUCCUCAAGCAGCGUCAUGAUGAUACAGGGCAAUGGCUACUGGAUUCGUCACACUACCAGACCUGGAUAAGACGCAAAAAUCAGACCCUGUUCUGUCCUGGAAUCCCCGGGGCUGGAAAAACUGUUUUCUCCGCGAUUGUUAUCAACGACCUAAAUGCCAGGUUUCAAAAUGAUUGCAAUGUCUGUGUUGCAUACAUAUUUUGCAACUUUCAACGGCAUCAUGAACAGACGCUGGAGCAAAUUCUCUCGAGUCUUCUGAAGCAACUAGUGCAACGACAGACCUCUAUUCCCAAUAGUAUAAAAGAUUUUUAUGCUGCGCACAAGGUUGGGAGGACAAAACCCAUAUUGAGCGAGAUUACAGCCUUGCUACAAAAAAUUGCUGCCAUUUAUUCAAAAGUUUUCAUUGUUGUUGAUGCUCUUGAUGAGUGUCAAACGACCUCGGGAUGCCGAAAGAGACUCUUAUGGGAGAUCUUCAACCUCCAAGCCACAACUGGGGUGAAUCUUUUUGCGACUUCGCGUUUCAUACAGGAUAUCGAAAAGGAGUUUAGUGGCAGUAUUAGAUGUGAAAUCCGCGCCAGCGAAAAAGACGUGCAGAAAUAUCUCAUUGGGAAAUUGCAAACAUUCCCAUCAUUAGGCUUGAAUGGAUAUUAUCUUCGAGAGGAGAUUAAAAGCAGAAUCACGAUGGCAGCUGACGGAAUGUUUCUCCUUGCACAACUCUAUAUGGAUUCUUUGGCCUACAAGACAACACCUAAGGAGAUAAUGAUUGCACUAAAAGACUUGGAGAGGGAAUCACAGACACAAAAUGACGACAAGAAAUCCAGAGCAUUGGAUUAUGCCUAUAUACGAGCCAUGGGACGAAUUAAUGCCCAGAGGGGAGAAUAUCAAAGGCUUGCCAACCAGGUCUUAUCAUGGAUCACAUGCGCCAAGAGACCUCUACUCGCUUCAGAGCUGCAACACGCCCUAGCUGUCGAGAUUGGCAAGCAUAAUCUCGAUAAAGAUAAUAUCACACCAGUCGAAAUAAUGAUUUCAGUAUGCGCUGGCUUGGUCAUUGUUGACGAACAAAGCGAGAUUAUCCGGUUGGUCCACCACACAGCACAGGAGUACUUCCAGCGGACCCAGAAUUCCUGGUUCCCUAAUGCCCAGACGGAUAUUACAAAGAGGUGUAUUACUUAUCUGUCGUUCGACAAUUUCGAAGCUGCCUUCUGUCUCGCAGGUGAUGAGUUUAAGGCGAUGUUGAAGUCUAACGUUCUCUAUGACUAUGCUGCGGGAAACUGGGGCGAGCAUGCCCGCAUGUGUUCAGCGGAAGACGUGAAUCUCAUGAUUCUUGACUUUCUUGAAAAUGAGACUAAGGUGUUUGCCUGUAGCCGGGCAAUGAUGGUGCCUGACAUCUACGUGGACCACAAUCAGAGACGCCAAAAACGAGCAAAAGGACUCCACCUCGCUGCAUACUUCGGACUAGUAGAAUCAAUAGCUGUCUUGCUCAAGGGCAAGCAUGACGCAAACACUAAGGACACAUAUGGCCGGACACCGCUAUCAUGGGCUGCAUGGAAGGGGCAGGAGGCCGCAGCGAAGCUACUACUAGAGAAUGGUGCUGAACUUUAUUCUAAGGAUAAACAUUCACGGACACCAUUGUCGUGGGCAGCAGAUAUGGGGAAUAAAGCAGUGGUAAAGCUGCUGCUAGAAAAUGGAGCUGAUAAUUUGGAGUCUACGGAUAAAUAUCACCAGACACCGCUGUCAUUGGCUGCUCAGAAUGGGAAUGAAGAAGUAGUAAAGAUGCUACUGGAUAAGGGCGCCUACCUUGAAACAAAAGCUUCACUUGAUAUGACACCACUAUUAUACGCUGCAUGGAAUGGGCUUGAAGGAGUUGUGAAGUUGCUGCUAGAUAAUGGUGCUAAUAUUGAGUAUAAGGACCAAUAUGGUCGAACGUCGCUAUGGUUGGGUGUAAGGAUGCGACGUGAGGCGGUGGUAAAGCUGCUGUUGGACAAAGGGGUCAACAUCGAAUCAAGGGAUAAGGACUAUAACGAAACGCCAUUGUCGUGGACUGCAAGGGAGGGACACGAGGCAUUGAUGAAAUUCCUGUUGGACAACGGCGCCAACAUCGAGACAAAGGACAAGAAGUAUGGCCGGACGCCGCUAUCAUGGGCGGCAGAGAAUGGGCAUGAGGGGGUUGCGAAGUUACUGCUGGAUAAUGGUGCUGACCUUGAGUCUAAGGACAGGGAAUAUGGCCAGACUCCGCUAUCAUGGGCUUCGGAGAAUGGGCAUCCGGCCGUAGUAAAGCUACUUGUUGAUAAAGGUGCUGAUCUUGAGUCUAAGGACAGGGAGUAUGGUCGGGCACCACUAUCAUGGGCUGCGGAGAAUGGACAUCAGGAGGUAGUGAAGCUACUUGUUGAUAAAGGCGCUGACCUUGAGUCUAAGGACAAACUGUUUGGCCAGACGACACUUUCGUGGGCUGCACAGAAGGGGAAUGAGGCAGUAGUAAAUCUAUUGUUGGGCAAGGGUGCCAAUCUCGAGUCUAAAGACGAACAGGGCUGGACACCGCUAUCAUUAGCUGCCGGAAAUAAGCACAAGGAAGUAGCGGAGCUGCUGCUGGGUAAUGGUGCUGACGUUGAGUCAAAGGAUAAAAACGGGCGCACCCCGUUAUCAUGGGCCGCAGAGAGUGGGCAUAUGGAAUUGGUAAAGCUGCUGUUAGAUAAUAGUGCCGAUGGUGAGGCGAAGGAUGAUUAUGGCCAGACAUCAUCAUCAUGGGCUGCAGAAAGUGGGCAUAUGGAAGUGGUGAAGCUGCUGCUGGAUAAUGGUGCUGAUGUUGAGUCUGUACAGUCAGAUGCCACAGUCGUUGGAUGCGAAUAA